CGCUGCCAGCGCCCCGACCCGCCAGCCCCGCGCCGGGGGUCACGACGCUGCCCCCCGAGCGUGGUGGAGACUCGAGGAGUUUGGCCCCGAGUCUCGUGAUUUUAGAGCUGGAAAUCUUUCAAGAUUAUCUCACCACAAACCUCAUUUUAUGGGGGUGAAACUGCAUCCGAGGGAAGUCAAAUGACUUGCCUGAGGUCACUCAUUAAUCUUGAGCAGUUUUCGGGGUGUGGGAUGGAUCGUGCCCGUUUCUACCAGAGCCUAGCCGGUUCCUGCCACGGGGGAUGCCGGACAAACGUACCAGAGGACGGUCCAGACCCGUUUAAGUGCAAUAUCGUAGAUAGGAAUCUUCCGAAAUGAAGUCUUUGUAAUUCAAUUUUUUUUUUUUUUUUGCAUCCAGACUUUGGGCUCCUUGAGGAUAUUCCCCUUCUGCUUUUGGAUAUCCUCUUGCCAUACCCAGCGUAAAAAAAACAUUCUUAAUGAUCAUCCUCUGCUGGACAGCUGUUUGGGGCUGGAAACGUCAGAGGAGCCUGUGGCCAGAGCUCUUGGUGUGUCUGCCAUUUGAAGACAGGUCUCUGAAGUCGUCUGUGCGCCUCGAAAGUGGGGAUUGACAGGUUUCCCGUGAAGCUAGCUCUUGAAGAGUGCUCCUCCAUUUGAGAUAACAGUGGUGUGAGAAGAUUGCAGUUAUAUUACAAUCAUGGUGCAAAAAUACCAGUCCCCAGUGAGGGUGUAUAAACACCCCUUUGAGUUAAUUAUGGCUGCCUACGAAAGGAGGUUUCCUACGUGUCCACUGAUCCCGAUGUUUGUGGACAGUGACACUGUGAAUGAGUUCCGGAGUGAGGACGGGGCAAUUCACGUCAUAGAAAGACGCUGCAAGCUGGACAUAGACGCACCCAGGCUGCUGAAAAAGAUCGCAGGAGUUGACUAUGUUUAUUUCAUCCAGAAGAACUCACUGAAUUCUCGGGAACGUACUUUGCACAUUGAGGCUCAUAACGAGACGUUUGCGAAUCGGGUCAUCAUUAAGGAGCACUGCUGCUACACCGUUCACCCCGAAAAUGAAGAUUGGACUUGUUUUGAACAGUCUGCAAGUUUAGAUAUUAAAUCGUUCUUUGGUUUUGAAAGUACAGUGGAGAAAAUUGCAAUGAAACAAUAUACCAGCAACAUUAAGAAAGGAAAGGAGAUAAUUGAGUACUACCUCCGUCAGCUAGAAGAUGAGGGCAUCACAUCUGUGCCUCGCUGGACCCCUCCCGCCCUCGCGCCCUCAGCAGAGACGGCCGCCUCGUGCAGGAAACGAGCGUCGCUGGCUGUUGUGGUCCCAGAAGCUGCGCAGAAGGAAGGGCUGAGCAGCGAGGCUCUCAGCACCCCGAGCGGGGCCUCUGAGCCUGCCACCGCGGGAACCCCCGACGACAAACUGGACGCAGACUACAUCAAGAGAUACCUGGGUGACCUGACCCCACUGCAGGAGAGCUGCCUGAUCCGGCUUCGCCAGUGGCUCCAGGAAACACACAAGGGCAAAAUCCCCAAAGAUGAGCACAUUCUCCGGUUCUUGCGAGCCCGGGACUUCAACAUCGACAAAGCCAGGGAGAUCAUGUGUCAGUCGUUGACCUGGCGCAAGCAGCACCAGGUGGACUACAUCCUCGAUACCUGGAACCCUCCCCAGGUCCUACAGGACUACUAUGCGGGAGGCUGGCACCAUCACGACAAAGACGGGCGGCCCCUCUAUGUGCUCAGGCUGGGGCAGAUGGACACCAAAGGCCUGGUGAGAGCCCUCGGGGAGGAGGCCCUGCUGAGAUACGUCCUCUCCAUCAAUGAGGAAGGGCUAAGGCGGUGUGAAGAAAACACGAAAGUCUUCGGCCGGCCCAUCAGUUCUUGGACCUGCCUGGUGGACCUGGAGGGACUGAACAUGCGCCACCUGUGGAGACCUGGUGUCAAGGCCCUGCUGCGCAUCAUCGAGGUGGUGGAGGCCAACUACCCCGAGACGCUGGGCCGCCUGCUGAUACUGCGCGCUCCCCGGGUGUUUCCCGUCCUCUGGACACUGGUCAGUCCAUUCAUUGAUGACAACACCAGGAGGAAGUUCCUUAUCUAUGCCGGGAACGACUACCAGGGCCCAGGGGGCCUGCUGGACUACAUAGACAAGGAGGUCAUUCCCGACUUCCUGGGCGGGGAGUGCAUGUGUGAAGUGCCAGAGGGUGGACUGGUGCCCAAGUCCCUGUACCGGACAGCAGAGGAGCUAGAAAACGAAGACCUCAAGCUUUGGACCGAGACCAUCUACCAGUCCGCCAGCGUUUUCAAAGGAGCCCCACAUGAGAUUCUCGUCCAGAUUGUGGAUGCCUCUUCGGUGAUUACGUGGGAUUUUGACGUGUGCAAAGGGGACAUUGUCUUUAACAUCUAUCACUCGAAGAGGUCGCCACAGCCUCCCAAAAAGGAUUCAUUGGGGGCACACAGCAUUACUUCCCCGGGAGGAAACAACGUGCAGCUGAUAGAUAGAGUUUGGCAGCUGGGCCGGGACUACAGCAUGGUGGAGUCGCCUCUGAUCUGCAAGGAAGGAGAGAGUGUGCAGGGCUCCCAUGUGACGCGGUGGCCGGGCUUCUACAUCCUGCAGUGGAAGUUCCACAGCAUGCCGGCGUGCGCUGCCACCAACCUGCCCCGCGUGGACGACGUGCUGGCCUCCCUGCAGGUCUCCUCGCACAAGUGCAAAGUGAUGUACUACACCGAAGUGAUAGGGUCCGAGGAUUUCAGAGGUUCUAUGACCAGCCUGGAGUCCAGCCACAGCGGGUUCUCCCAGCUGAGCGCCGCCACCACCUCCUCCAGCCAGUCCCACUCCAGCUCCAUGAUUUCCAGGUAGUGCCGCGACGCCAUCCUCCUCGGACAGCCCGAGCUCCACCGGCGGCCACAGUGUGCAGACUCCUCUCGCCCCUAGGUAGCAGAUAGCUCUCGAGAUGGUAAAUGUAGCCAUUGAUCCUGAACUCUCUCGGCAGGUAGUUUUAACUCUAACUCAAUAGCCAUAGAUUUUGUAUACAGCGUGCACAAAAUCAAACCAGAGCACAAGGGCUGUCAUGAGGAAAGUAGUUUAUAUACCAGUUAAGAGGCUGACUUUGUCUCAGAUGUUGAUGCAGAAAGUCUCGAGUUACCUUCGCACUGUCCGUGAACCCUACACCGUCCUUCAGAGGUGACCCACCUUCCUGCUGGAGCGGAGCUGCAUCUUGUUCCCACACCGCGGUCCUUACCUCCCUGCUGCCAGUCGGCCUGGUCCGUGACCGUGAAGCUGCUGGCUCCCUAAGAGCAGAUGCUGCUUAACUCGCAAGGACUGAGAGGCAGCCUGUGGGAACCACAGCCCGGCCCCUGGGCCACAUGGAUCCAUGGUUCUCAAGUGGGCGCUGGUGGGUCCGGGCUCCUGUGACAUCAGGAAAACACCGCCAUCGUUAAACACGAUUGCUUCUCUCCAUUCUAAUCUCAUUGGUACUCUCCGAGCAGGACUUCCCUGUGCAUGAGUGAGCUGCGGGCAUCCUUUCUCUCCUGGCGUGUGGCUCUUCCUGCUUGCACAUUAGUUCUGAGCUCGUUGCAGACUUGUCUUGCCCACACUCCUCAGAGCGUCGUAGCAUUCAAGCCCAGGUGGUCCUGCUAGUCUCUAGAAGGGCAUUUGGAAGACGGUCGCAUUUGCCGUUUUGAAACUGUCCAAUGUGCGCUUUUGCUCACCAGCAACCUCACGGUGGGCCCCUUCAGGGUACUGUGUGGCGUGUAGGAGCCCUGCGUCUCUCAAAGGACUUGUGGGAGUACGUGUGGCAGUGUGGGGCCUGCUGGGCUGGGUGCAUAGGACCUUGUCCAUGUAACAGGUUCUUCAUAGAAGCAAAGCAGGUAGGAGCUUGGUUUGUCUCACGCUUUCUUUCUAGGCCCACUCAUGAUGACUAGCCUGUCUUAUAUUUGCCCUCGGUUUUUGGCUUUUUAUGGGAAGAGCAGUUAGUAAAGACAUGCUGUGUGGUGAUGGGUGCGGCACAUGCUGUGCCCUUGAAGCUGGGUGCUGGAGCCCACAGAUGAUGCCAUUGUGUGAGGGGCACACACCUCCGGGGCUACAUGGGUUUCAGUCUGCUCUGGACGUCCGAGGGGCUAGAGAGCUUUGUGGAGGCAUCGGGAGGGUGCAGAAGCAGUGAGCAGCCCUCCCACCUGCUCACACUGCCAGCCGGGGCCGUGGGCUCCUCGUGGUCGCUGGCCCUCCGAACAGCUGUGCAUUUCCUCUGAAGGGGAAGCUCCUGACUGUAGUCAGUGGCACCUAAAGGCUUCUUCCCAGAAUGCAGAGUAGGGUUAGUGCUGCUUCCAGUCGGGGCUUCUUGCUUCCAAGUUAUAAGGACCUGAAGAUGGUCCCUUCUUUCUCCCUCUCUCUCUCUCUCUCUCUUUGUGUCUCAGAUGGCGAUUUUGCUGACAGCUGCCAAGAAAACGCUCCAGGCACCAGUCCACAGCAGCCCAGGGAUGUUUGUAGACCUAUUUGAAUCACAGCCAUUUCCCUCCUCCCCUAUCUGCAGAUCUGUUCUUUUUAAGUUGAUUGGGAAGAGGCAGUGUUUCACCCCCGGAGGGUUGAGUGCAUCUGUAAGCGCCCAGAGCGCAGGCCUGGCACGUGCUUGCAGCUGCUCCCGAGUGACGCCUGCUCUCCUAUGUGGAGCCGUGGGCCUGUGCCUCGGUGACACCACGUCCCGUCCCCUCUCGAUGCCCUAUGUCCUUCUAAGCUGCUGUCCCCCUGCCUUUUCCAGCACUAAUGAUCCUUUGGUUUCCCUCUAUUACUAGUUUCUUAAUUCUCUCUUUUCCCUAAAUGCAUUAUUUACAUAUCAGAUUCUGUAAAUGUUUUGUAAACAUAUUACCUCACUCUUGGUAAUACAAUACUGAUAGUCUUUACAAGAUUUUUUUAUUGUUAUCAAUAAUAAAUGUGAACUGUUUAAAGAAAAAA